AUGUUACUUAAAUGACCUCCCAUAAGCCCGUGGAAUAAAGAUAAUGGGAGCUCAUUUUACAGGUGAAGACACUGAGGUUUUAUGAGGUUAAUAACUUGCUUGAGAUGACACAUUUAGUUGAGUUGGAAUUUCAUUCACUUUAAUAUUUACUGUGAUGCAACUAUGCCCUAGACACUCUUGCAAGUUUUGGGGAGAGAGCAGUGAGCAGAGCAGACAAAACCCUGCUGUCAUGGAGCCCCGUUCCAGUGUGGGGGAGACACGAUAAGACGAGGUGUUAUAUGGUCAUGCAGAAGAAAGAAGUGCUGGGAGAAAUAUUGAAAUCAGCUAGGGGAAUUGGUUGUAGCAGGGGAGUGUCUGGUGGUAGCAAUUUGGAAAAGUUAGCCAGGAGAAAGGUCUCUUUGAGGGGAUGUUUGAACAAAGGGAUGAGGGAACAAACCCUCUUGAUAUCUGGGGAAGAGUGUGCCAGACCAAAGGAACAGCAGGUACAAAGGCCCUGAGGUAGGAGCAUCCUUGGCAUGUUUGAGGAGCAGCUGAGACCCACAGUGCCUGGAGGAGAUGAUGAUGGGAGACUGGGGAGUGGAGUGGUGGGAGGCGAGGCCAGAGAGGAAACAGGUUCAGAUAAUGGAAGGCCUGGAUGGCCUGGCAAGGACCUGGCUUUGACCCAGGGAGAUGCAGCCAUUGCUGGCCUUGAGCAGAGGAGGGCCUCACUCUGACUUAGGUUUUAUGAGGACCUCUCCUUUGAGGAGGGUUUGAAUGCAGUUCUACUCAUUGUAAAGUGUCACGCCCAAGCGUCCUUUCCUCCCUGCCAGAUCAUAGAGCCCCAGGCCCCUCCACCCCCCCCUCCCAGGGCUGUUCAGAGGGAGACUUGGAGAAGGUGGCACCCCACAGGAGAGCUGGGGACAUCCAGCCCUGUGCCAGGCACUGAGAACAGGCCCAGAACCAUCCCCACCCCCUAUCCCAUUUCCUUUUGGAAUGUUGAUUCUGGUCCAAGAAUUCCCAGCACUCCCCAGAGUCCCACGACCCUCUCGGCCCUGCAGAGUGACGUCAGCUGCUGGGCAUCUGGUAGUGAUUACCCACCAGGGGAGGGGGCUGUGGUGGGCCCAGCCUGUUCGGCCUCCUCAGGCUCUGGGCGGCUGGUCCUUGUCUUCGGAAGGGGCCCAGCUGCUCCCCGCUCUCAUUUCCUGUGGAGACUUUCUCACAGUCCUCAAGACCCCCGGAUGCCUCAGGCUGUGGGAACUACGCUGGCUCAGGAAGGAUGGACUGUACCCCCACCCCCAGCUGGAGCCACAUCCCCCCAAAAACUCUCAGGGGACCUUGUUUGCAGAAUCCUGGACCUCUGUGGAGUAUGGGGAGGAAGUUGGGGUUGCUGGAGAGCCAGAGGCUGGCGGGGACUAUGUGAAGUUCUCCAAGGAGAAGUACAUCUUGGACUCCUCCCCUGAGAAGCUACACAAGGAGUUAGAGGAGGAACUCAAACUCAGCAGCACAGAUCUCCGCAGUCAUGCCUGGUAUCAUGGCCGCAUCCCCCGUGAGGUAUCAGAGACCCUGGUGCAGCGCAACGGUGACUUCCUCAUCCGGGACUCUCUCACCAGCCUGGGUGACUAUGUGCUCACGUGCCGCUGGCGCAACCAGGCCCUGCACUUCAAGAUCAACAAGGUGGUGGUGAAGGCCGGGGAGAGCUACACCCACAUCCAGUACCUGUUCGAGCAGGAGAGCUUCGACCAUGUGCCCGCCCUCGUGCGGUACCAUGUGGGCAGCCGCAAGGCCGUGUCGGAGCAGAGCGGUGCCAUCAUCUACUGCCCUGUGAACCGCACCUUCCCGCUGCGCUACCUGGAGGCCUGUUAUGGCCUUGGCCAGGGCAGCAGCAAGGCGGCCAGCCCCGCCAGCCCCUCGGGCCCCAAAGGCAGCCACAUGAAGCGGCGCAGCGUCACCAUGACCGAUGGGCUCACCGCCGACAAGGUUACCCGCAGUGAUGGCUGCCCCACCAGCACCUCAUUGCCCCACCCCCGGGAAUCUAUCCGCAACUGUGCCCUCAGCAUGGACCAGAUCCCGGACCUGCACUCGCCCAUGUCACCCAUCUCCGAGAGUCCCAGCUCCCCUGCCUACAGUACUGUGACCCGUGUCCACGCCAUCCCUGCAGCUCCAUCAGCCACAGUGCUGCCUGCCUCCCCUGUCACCCGCCGCUCCAGUGAACCCCAGCUGUGUCCCGGAAGUGCCCCGAAGCCCCCUGGGGAGUCAGACAAGGGCCCUUAUGCCAGCCCCUCCCACACUCUCUCCAAGGCCUCCCCAUCCCCGUCGCUCAGCAGCUACAGUGACCCGGACUCUGGCCAUUACUGCCAGCUGCAGCCUCCUGUCCGUGGCAGUCGAGAGUGGGCAACAGCUGAGGCCUCCAGCCGGCAGGCCAGGAGCUAUGGGGAGAGGCUAAAGGAACUGUCAGAGAAUGGGGCACCCGAAGGGGACUGGGGCAGGGCCUUCAUAGCCCCUGUUGUGGAAGCCACCUCUUCCUUCAACCCCGCCACCUUCCAGUCACUAUUGAUCCCCAAGGAUAACCGGCCACUGGAGGUGGGCCUCCUGCGCAAGGUCAAGGAGCUGCUAGCAGAGGUGGAUGCCCGGACGCUGGCCCGGCACGUCACCAAGGUUGACUGCCUGGUUGCUAGGAUACUGGGCGUUACCAAGGAGAUGCAGACCCUAAUGGGAGUCCGCUGGGGCAUGGAGCUGCUCACCCUCCCCCAUGGCCGGCAGCUACGACUAGACCUGCUGGAAAGGUUCCACACCAUGUCCAUCAUGCUGGCCGUGGACAUCCUGGGCUGCACGGGCUCGGCGGAGGAGCGGGCAGUGCUUCUGCACAAGACCAUCCAGCUGGCGGCUGAACUUCGAGGGACCAUGGGCAACAUGUUCAGCUUCGCUGCGGUCAUGGGCGCCCUCGAUAUGGCUCAGAUUGCCCGGCUGGAGCAGACAUGGGUGACCCUUCGGCAGCGACACACAGAAGGUGCCAUCCUCUACGAGAAAAAGCUCAAGCCAUUUCUCAAGAGCCUCAACGAGGGCAAAGAAGGCCCGCCGCUGAGCAAUACUACGUUUCCGCAUGUGCUGCCGCUUAUCACUCUUCUUGAGUGUGACUCGGCCCCAGCAGAGGGCCCUGAGCCUUGGGGCAGCACAGAGCACGGCGUGGAGGUAGUGCUGGCCCACCUGGAGGCUGCCCGCACCGUGGCCCACCACGGAGGCCUGUAUCACACCAACGCGGAGGUCAAGCUGCAGGGGUUCCAGGCCCGACCAGAGCUCUUGGAGGUGUUCAGCACUGAGUUCCAGAUGCGCCUCCUCUGGGGCAGCCAGGGUGCCAGCAGCAACCAGGCCCGGCGCUACGAGAAGUUCGACAAGGUCCUCACUGCCCUGUCCCACAAACUGGAACCUGCCGUCCGCUCCAGUGAGCUGUGA